GCGCACACCACAGUUUUCUGAUACUCAGAAACACGGCAAAAAAAAGAGAACUUGGGCUCAAAUAAUGCUGCGUUUGGGGCGUUCCUCGACGAGCGGCGCCAGCGGCGGAGAGUUCAACAUCGCGUUCGUCAAUGGAACCAUCAAGUUCCACAGCGAAGAGGGCGUGCUGUACUCUAGACUAUUUCAUAUUGUGGAUACGGACGCAGAUGGCUACAUUGGAGGUACCGAGGGAGCAGCAUUUAUCCGCCGCGCAAGACUAAUGAACGACGCUAACCGAGAGAUCUGGCGACUGGCAAGCGGAGGAAAGUCACAGGAGAAGCUCAACAAGGACUGCUGGUUCGUGGCGAUGAAGCUCGUGGCACUGGUGCAGAGCACUGGAAAGUGUCAGAUGCAGAGUCUCUACUCCGGGGAUCCGCUGCCGCUGGCUGACUUUCAGCUCGAGCAGCCAGUUGACAACGUGUUACCGGAAGAGACAGCAGCAGACUUCGAACGCUCCUUUGUGGUGUCGGUGAGCACUCCAGUCGUCGUUGGGUCGGGGUACUCACGCUACACGCAGUACGUGAUUUCCACGAAGACGAACUGUUCGCACUUCCCGUGCACCACUGCGCAAGUCAAGCGAAGGUUUAGUGACUUCGAAUGGCUACAGCAGCGGUUAUUGAUGCGCUUCCGAGGCACUAUCAUACCUCCACUCCCGGAGAAGCGGUGGACUGGAAACAUGGACGCAACAUUUGUUGAAGAACGUCGCCAAGCUUUGGAACACUUCAUUAACGAGAUGUGCAGUCAUGAGAAGCUAUCUCAGACGCUAGAGCUGCAGAUUGUUCUUACUGCCAGCACAGAGGGUCUGAUCGCUGGAAAAGAGCUUUUGAAGGUGGCAUCCAUUGCUGCCACGUAUGUGCCGACUCCUGCUUCGGUCAGUUCGUUAUGGAGCUCUCUGAAAGACGGUGUAUUCCUAUCUUCGAACGUUCAGCAAGUCGAGAUCAAGACCGACGAUGACUAUGCGAGGAUUGGCCAGCACAUUGACGAAUACGAAAAGAGAAUCCGAGAGGUGACACGCUGCUCAGACAUUGUUUAUGCUGCCCAACGUGGUGAAGGGUACGAGAUGUCACGUUUUGGAAGCUAUUUGUCGGCUUUAUCGGAGCACGAAAAGAGAGAUCCAGAUAUGAAGCAGCUUGCUGAGGUCGCAGGAGACCAUUUUGAGACUGUGUCAAACAUUUACCAAGACCAGCUGGACAAGCUGCUAUCUAUGUACGUAUCGAUCGUCAGAUACCAGGCGGGCAAGGUGGAUGCUGUUAAGACCGUUAUGCACAACCGCGAGUCUGCGAUUCAUGAGGUUCAGCAAGCGAAUGCAAGUAUGCAGCGCAAUAAAGAGCGAUUUGCUGCUGCACGGGCAAGUAGCGGUGCAGCAGCAUCUGCCAUGCGAGCAGAGCAGAAAAUGGCGUCGGCGGAGGAUCGCAUGAACCACGCCAAGGAGCAAGUCCAGUUUAUUGCUAACAGUUUGAAGGUGGAAACCAAGAGGAUGGACACCGGGAAGACUGCCAACCUCAAGACCGCUUUGUUGUCUUUGGCGAACCUGGAGCUGGAUUACCAUGUCCAGUCUCGCGCAGCAUGGGAAGGAUUGCGAUCAUUCCUGGAGCUGAGCGAUGAAGAAAUCGCUGAAAGCCGGCAGAGAGCCCAGGCUCCGAUGACGUAUAGGAAGCCAGGAGAAAAAGAUCUUGGUCAAAUUAUCGGGUUGCUGUGAGCGACUCAGCCUCUCUAAUAACAGAAGACAUUGUGAAUUGUGCUCGCAAUCGCCCAUUUACAUUUCCAGAAA